AUGCCUUCUCACAAGAGUUUCCGUACCAAGCAAAAGCUUGCCAAGGCUCAACGUCAGAACCGCCCCAUUCCCCAAUGGAUUCGUCUUCGCACCGGAAACACUAUUAACUACAACAUGAAGAGAAGACACUGGAGACGUACCAAGCUCAACAUCUAA